UAUCAGGAAGUGGUUUUCAGAAUGAGCCCAGAGAUUGGUUCGUGGUGUAUCUCUGCACUCUGAUUGGCUAAAUCGUCAUACGCUCGUUCGAAAUAGCUCCCGCGUUUGUUUUUGUUUUGUUGCUAUUUCCGGUUGUGUUUUAACGUCUCAGGACGCUGACGGUAAGAUGACAGCUGCGAAUGUAUCGAGUAAUCAUGGUGACAAGAUGCGAAGACCUCCAGUAAAAGUUCUGUCCAGCCAGCUGAGAGAGGGGACCGGGUGCAUUGUGGGCGGCGGGAAGAUGGAGCUCAGUAUCCGGAGACUGGGAGGCGGAGGGUCGUUAACGGUGUCGGUGGUGUGGAUGCAGGGCAAUGUGGUGGAAACACACACUGAACAAAACUCUGUACUGCUUCUAGACGACACGGGCAACUUCCACAUCACCGGUGUGAACAACAUCCCCAGAGGAAAGCCCUGUCUCCAGCCUGGAAAAUACGUGAUGGUUAUGGGCGUCAUCCAGUCACACAGCCCCGAGCCUGUGCUCCGUGCAGUGAAGAUGGCAGAUCUUUCAGAUAACGCAGCCGUGCACAGGAAAAUGUGGAAAUAUGAAGUUGAAGAUCUCCAACAAACUUUGCCAUAAUGAACUGUAAUAUUUUACAAAACUUCACUGGAAAUGAUUUCUGCAUUUCUGAAAGAAACUUUCAUACCAGUGUUUUUUGUUUCCCUUUUUUUAAUAAUACUUUAUUUUUCAUGUGAGUGAUAUUUAUACGCAGUAAUUGCAUUAAAAGUACAUUUAUAAAACUUUAUAAACUUUACAGGACUGAGUAAAUAAGUAACAAUGUGCCAAUACAACACUAUAACAAGAAGGCAGUGAACAAGAGAGAAACAGAUGA